AGCUCGUCGCGCAAGGCACAACAGAUGGUAGGCAGAAGCGCUGGAAUUUACGCGUGUUGAUUUAGCUAGAGAAAGUACUUCGUCAACUUCAGAGGACUGUUUGGUGCGCACGAAGCCAGAGAAGGAGGACGUCCAAAAGUCUGUGGAUUCUUUGCUGAAAUUUGCUGUGAAGGGUAGGAGUGGCCAUGCCAUUUGGCUGUUUAACAAUCGGAGAAAAGAAGGAUUACAGUAAUCCUUCUGAGGUGACAGAUAAAUAUGACCUGGGACAGAUUGUUAAAUCAGAGGAGUUCUGUGAGAUCUUCAGGGCCAAGGAUAAGAACACAUUGAAAAUGUACACUUGCAAAAAGUUCCUGAAAAAGGAUGGCAGGAAAGUUCGGAAGGCUGCAAAAAAUGAGAUCCUCAUUUUGAAGAUGGUGAAGCACCCAAAUAUUCUCCAGCUGGUGGACGUGUAUGAGACCAGAAAAGAGUACUUUCUCUUCCUUGAACUUGCAACUGGCCGAGAGGUUUUUGAUUGGAUCCUGGACCAGGGCUACUACUCAGAGCGCGACACCAGCAAUGUGGUUCGCCAGGUCUUGGAAGCUGUGGCCUACCUGCACUCGCUGCACAUUGUCCAUAGGAACCUGAAGCUGGAGAACCUUGUGUACUUCAACCGCCUGAAGCACUCUAAAAUAGUGAUCAGUGACUUCCAUCUCGCCAAGCUGGAGAAUGGACUGAUCAAAGACCCCUGUGGGACACCAGAAUACCUGGCUCCAGAGGUGGUUGGUAGACAGAGAUAUGGCAGAGCUGUAGACUGCUGGGCCAUGGGAGUCAUCAUGUACAUACUGUUGUCAGGCAACCCUCCAUUCUAUGAUGAAACUGAUGAUGAUGAUUUUGAGAACCAUGACAAGAACCUGUUCAGGAAGAUCCUGGCAGGGGAUUAUGAGUUUGACUCUCCAUACUGGGAUGACAUCUCAGACUCAGCUAAGAGUCUAGUAGCCCGUCUGAUGGAGGUGGAUCAGGACCUGAGGCUCACUGCUCAAGAGGCCAUCAAUCAUGAAUGGAUUUCCGGAAAUGCAGCUUCAGAUAAAAACAUUAAGGACAAUGUCUGUGCACAAAUAGAGAAAAACUUUGCUAAAGCUAAAUGGAAGAAAGCUGUUCGUGUCACCACCAUCAUGAAGAGACUGCGAGCACCUGAGCAGAGCGACACCGGGGCAGCAAGCCCCGCUGCAGCCGCCAGCCCUGGAGACGCAGCCCCCGCUCCCCUGCAGGCUGACUCCACCGGGACUCCGGCUGCAGCCACAGUCCUAGAGGGUGAGUCUGCUGCUGUCCCAGAGGUCCCCGCAGGUGUGGAGACCAGCCAGGCAACAGCCGAUGCUGCGGCCGAAGUGUGUGUCCCAGCCACUGAACCCGAGCAGGCAACAGCCGAUGCUGCGGCCGAAGUGUGUGUCCCAGCCACUGAACCCGAGCAGGCGAUCCCAGCCCCGGAGGAAGCUGACCCCUCAUUGCGGUGUAAUGGAGAGGCUCCUCCUCCUCUCCAAGCGGCAGCUGAGGCUGGAGACGAGCAGAGCUAAGUGCUGGUCCUCUGUCCCUCCUUGUGACAUCCACUAACCCUUGCACACUGUAUAUUAGCUGCUAGCAUGGUGACACUGACUCUGCUUCUCUUCACUUGCAGCAUCUGUAUCGUCUCACAGAGCCUGUGUGCUAUCUUUCCUGAGUGUUGAAUUGUAUUAGCUUUCCUUUACCAUGUCUUUUUCCGAACAAUCCUCCCGCUUUAAUAUGGCUUUUCAUGUCUUGAUACUAGCACAUCUUCUUCCAUAUGUUCUAUGAGAACCCGAUUUACUAUAGGCCUAUAAUAUAGCUUACAGCUAAAAUGUUCUCUCUGAACUACACCCUUUAGUGAUUAAAGGGGUAAGACAUCAUUGUGCUAAAAGAGCUUAGAUCUUUUUUAAUGAGCCAAGUUUGUGAACUUUUUCCACAGUCCAACUCAUACAGUAUUUAUUUACC